UGAGCGGAGAGCCGGAGAACGCGUCGUCGCUCGCCGGCCGGGAGGCCCCGGAGCCGGCCCAUGGGGAGCGGGCGCCCGGCGCUGGCCACGACGACCGCCGCCGCCCGCGCCGCGCCUGGCCCGCGAAGCCCAGGGACCCCCUCUGGGAGAGCCCCAUGAGGGCAGGAGAGUGAUGGAGAGUACGCCCAGCUUCCUGAAGGACACCCCAGCCUGGGAGAAGACAGCCCCUGAGAAUGGCAUCCUGGGACGGGAGCCGGAUACCCUGCCACGAGAUGGUCUGCGCCGUGGUGCACUGUGCCUCGGAGAGCCUGCUCCCUUCUGGAGGGGUGUUCUAAGCCCCCCAGACUCCUGGCUUCCCCCUGGCUUUCCCCAGAGCCCCAAGGACACAAUCCCACUGGUGGAGGGAGAAGGCCCCCGAAAUGGGGAGAGGAAGGCCAGCUGGCUGGGCAGCAAGGAGGGGCUGCGCUGGAAGGAGGCGAUGCUCACCCACCCACUGGCCCUCUGUGGCUCAGCAUGCCCACCUCGUUAUGGCCCCCUGAUUCCUGAGCAUAGUGGUGGCCAUCCCAAGAGCGACCCUGUGGCCUUCCGGCCCUUGCACUGCCCCUUCCUUCUGGAGACCAAGAUCCUCGAGCAAGCUCCCUUCUGGGUGCCCACCUGCUUGCCACCCUACGUAGUGUCCAGCCUGCCCCCAGAGCGUCCGUGUGACUGGCCCCUGGCCCCACACCCCUGGGUGUACUCAGGGGGGCAGCCCAAAGUGCCCUCUGCCUUCAGCUUAGGCAGCAAGGGCUUUUACCACAAGGAUCCAAGCAUUCUCAGGCUGGCAAAGGAGCCACUGGCAACCUCGGAACCUGGGCUGUUAGGCUUGGCCCCUGGUGGGCAUCUCCAGAGAACUGGGGAAGUGGAACGUCCUUCAUUCCACCAGAGAGAUGGAGAGGCAGGAGUCGGCAGACAUCAGAACCUUUGCCCAUUUCUGCUGGGGCAUCCGGACGCUGUUCCCCGGACCCCCUGGCCCACUUGUCCCCCGGGCCUGGUUCAUAGUCUCAGCAAUGUCUGGGCUGUACCGGGGGGUGGGAGCCUUGGGUACCAGCUGGGGCCAUCAGCCACAUCCAGGUGUCCCUCUCCUGGGCCUCCUACCCCCCAGGGAGGCUGUUGCUCAUCUCAUCCACCUGCUAGAGAUGGAGGUCUUGGCCCUUGUGGGAAGUGCCAGGAGGGGGGUGCCAUCGGGCCCAGUGAAUCCAACAAGGAAGCGAACAAGGCAUCUGGUCCCAGGGCCUGCCCACCCAGCCAUCACACCAAGCUAAAGAAGACAUGGCUCACACGACACUCUGAGCAGUUUGGGUGCCCAGGGGGCUGCCCCGGGGAGGAGGAGAGCCCACCUGCCCAGCUGCAGGCCCUCAAGAGGGCAAGUAGCCCUGAGGGAGUGGGUGGCAGCCCAGCCGCCAAGCGCCCACCCGACCCUUUCCCAGGCAGUGUGGGCCAGGGAGCCAAAGGCUGGCAGGAGAUGCUGGAAUCCUCGUUUGGGAACAAGGUGGAGGCCUCACAGCAUACUAACCACAGAGGACCCCAAGAUGGCAGGGCCAGCCUCCAGGACCCGAGGCUUCAUGACACAUCUUGUUCGGCUCCCCUGGCAGGCACGGCUCGGUGCCAAAGCUGUGCCCAUGCAGCUGGAGAGGUGCGAGGGCUGGCCCGCCCCUCCCAGCAAGUAUCGAGAUUGCCUCUGGGAGGGGAGCAGCCGCAGGAGGAAGACUCUGCAGCCUGCCCUGAGGAGGGAGGAUGGUCUGGCCCUGAGGCCAGGCUCAGCAAGGGCCUCGCCAAGCAUCUGCUAAGUGGUUUGGGGGACCGACUGUGCCGCCUGCUGCGGAGGGAGCGUGAAGCUCUGGCCUGGGCGCAGCGGGAAGGCCAGGGGUCAGCCAGGACGGAGGACAACCCAGGUGUUCCUCGCUGCUGUAGCCGCUGUCACCGGGGACUCUUCAACACCCACUGGAAAUGCCCCCACUGCAGCCACCGGCUGUGUGUGGCCUGUGGUCGCAUGGCAGGGGCUAGGUGGGCCAGGAAAGCAGGCCCUCAGGAGGAGUCCGCGGAGGAGUGUCCCCAAGAGGCCGGGCACACUGCCAGUUCCCUGACGCUCACCCAAUUCGUUUCCAGCCAGGCCUUGGCAGAGUUGAGCACCGCCAUGCACGAGGUUUGGGUCAAGUUUGACAUCCGGGGGCACUGCCCCUGCCAAGCGGAUGCCCGGGUGUGGGCCCCUGGGGAUGGGGGCCAGCAGAAGGAGCCGACAGAGAAAACUCCCCCGGUUCCACAAUCUUCUUGCAAUGGGGAUACCGACAGGACCAAGGACAUCAAAGAGGAGACCCCGGACUCCACCGAGACCCCGGCAGAGGACCGUGCCGGCCGAGGGCCCCUACCUUGUCCCUCUCUCUGUGAACUGCUGGCCUCCACUGCUGUCAAACUCUGCUUGGGGCACGAGCGGAUACACAUGGCCUUUGCCCCGGUCACUCCUGCCCUGCCCAGUGAUGACCGCAUCACCAACAUCCUGGACAGCAUCAUUGCGCAGGUGGUGGAACGGAAGAUCCAGGAGAAAGCCCUGGGGCCUGGGCUGCGGGCCGGGCCAGGACUGCACAAAGGCCUGGGCCUGCCCCUCUCGCCAGUGCGGCCCCGGCUGCCUCCUCCAGGAGCUCUGCUGUGGCUGCAGGAGCCCAGGCCUCAGCGAGGCUUCCAUCUCUUCCAGGAGCACUGGAGGCAGGGCCAGCCUGUGCUGGUGUCAGGGAUUCAGAGGACAUUGCAAGGCAACCUGUGGGGGACGGAAGCUCUUGGGGCUCUUGGAGGCCAGGUGCAGGCACUGACCCCCCUUGGGCCUCCCCAGCCCACAAGCCUCCACAGUACAACGUUCUGGGAGGGAUUCUCCCGGCCUGAAAUUCGCCCAAAGUCAGACGAGGGCUCCGUCCUUCUGCUGCACAGAGCUCUGGGGGAUGAGGACACCAGCAGGGUGGAGAACCUGGCUGACAGCCUGCCCCUCCCCGAGUACUGUGCCCGCCAUGGGAAACUCAACCUGGCUUCCUACCUCCCACCUGGCCCCGCCCUGCGUCCACUGGAACCCCAGCUGUGGGCAGCCUAUGGUGUGAACCCACACCGUGGGCACCUGGGGACCAAGAACCUCUGUGUGGAGGUGACUGACCUGGUCAGUGUCCUGGUAUGUGCCGAAGCCCCACCACCUGCCUGGCACCGGGCACAGAAAGACUUCCUCUCAGGCCUGGAUGGGGAGGGGCUCUGGUCUCCCGGCAGCCAAGUCAGCACUGUGUGGCACGUGUUCCGGGCCCAGGACGCCCAGCGCAUCCGCCGCUUUCUCCAGAUGGUGAGCUGGACGGCCUUGACUCACACAGAGAAGGCAGCUUGGGACCUUCGGAGUUGUGUGGUGGGGCACACAGAAAGAGCUGGGGCUGAGCAGGGACCUAAAGGUGUGCCCGGCCGGAGCAGGCAACUUGGAGCCUGGCACCCCAGGCUGCUGCUACCUGGACACAGGGCUGCGGCGGCGCCUGCGGGAGGAGUGGGGCGUGAACUGCUGGACCCUGCUGCAGGCCCCUGGAGAGGCCGUGCUGGUGCCUGCUGGGGCUCCCCACCAGGUGCAGGGCCUGGUGAGCACCGUGAGCGUCACUCAGCACUUCCUGUCCCCGGAGACCUCUGCCCUCUCUGCUCAGCUCUGCCACCAGGGACCCAGCCUGUCCUCUGACCACCGCCUGCUUUAUGCCCAGAUGGACUGGGCUGUGUUCCAAGCAGUGAAGGUGUCUGUGGGAACAUUACAGGAGGCUAAAUAGGGGAAUCCCGGAGGGGACCUGGGGUAGGUUGGGGACAGGUAGACCAGGUGCUCAAUCCCAACACAGCUUCAGGAGAGAAUGACACUGGGUCUUGGGGACUUUUGAUCAAUCCCUCAGGCACCACUCUGGGCACAGGCAGGGCACCUUGUUCUCCGCUCCAAUCUGGGUCCUAAAGCCAACAACCAUAGUGCCACUGAAGCCCACACCUGCCCUUCGCAGGCCAGCACCUGCUCUGUCCCUGCACCCCUCUCCACACCUCCACGCUGGGGGUGAAGGACUCCCUCUGACACCUGCUCCCUGAACCCAAGAGACAAACAGCCUUUCCUUGGGGGACCUCGGGAAUCAUUCUGGCUUAAGCAACACCUUCUGCUGCCUCAUCCCUGCUGUCCCACCUGUGCCCGAGCACUGCUUACAUCACCCACAUCUUCACUGGGCUCCAGGGUGGCCCUUCGCACUGCAGGCAUGCUGGACAGGGGGCCGCUGAAAUCCUGCCCUUUUGCCAGACAACAGUGAAGUUGGAGGGGAGGGGCAUCAGGAGACUACCCAGGCUCGGCUGGAGGGAAUGAUAUGGGCGAUGCCGUGUUCCUGCUCCCUCUUCUCGCCUCCCUCCUUCAUGAUUUCCAUUAAAGUCUUGUUUUGUGAAUGCUGCUGGAGUGGUUGGCCUUGCUCCUGCAGGCCACGUGGACUGGGGAGGGAGGGGAGAUAAGGAAAUGGAGUGGGGUUGGGGGACUCGAUAGGGACCUCACCCACUCCUGCCUGCUCCUCUUCCUGGGGCCUGGAUCCUUCCCGCUGAGGAGCAGAUGGAACCUUCCAGGGGUCUGCCCUGAGGAUGCUCCUGGCAGCAGACUGUGGACAAGGCAGAGCCCUGGGGUUCAGUGGCAUGGCAGCCUUCCUGUGCGUGUUGGGGCUACAGAGAUCUGGGAGCCCCAGCCUGCCAGGGACUGCAGGCUACCCCAGCUCUCCUGUCUGACCCGACCUGAAGCUCUGGGAGUGUGGCCCAGAAGAGCUCUUGCCUAGCCGUCUGCCCUCGGUGCCCGUGGCUGGCCCCAGUCCCGCUUCCCAGGGACUGGCUUGCUGCCUGAGACACUGGACAGCCCCUCCCCACCCCCGGGGCCCUCUGUGCGGCUCUGCCUGCUCGCCUGCCCUUGUAUAUCGCAGUGCCAGCAAGCUGCGACUCUUGGGGUACCUAACUGUUCCUGCAGUGGUUUGGGGAAUGGUGUUUUUUAUGAAAUAAAACUUUUUUUAUUAUAAA